UGGUUGAAAUUGAAAACCCUAGAAAACCCAGGUAGGAGAAUCCUUGGUUGGGUGAAAGUUUUCUACUUUCCUCGAUACAAUUAGGGUUUCUGGUGGUUUGGGCUGAUUGGGAAUCUAUGGUUUUUUCGAGCAGCUGGCAGUUUCUUUUGGGGGUUUGUUGUUUAAAUUAGGGUUUUUUUUUUUUUUUUUUGGUAGGGUUUUAGACAAAUUGGGAAUUUAGGGUUUUUGGAGCUGUUAGGGUUUCUUGGUUUUUGGGUAAAGUUAGGGUUGGAGGAUGGAGUCUGAUCAAGGGAAGCUCUUUGUGGGUGGCAUAUCGCGGGAGACAAGUGAAGAUACACUCAAGGGUCAUUUCAGCAAGUAUGGUGCUGUUGUGAGCUCAGUGGUGGCUAGGGAUAAGAACACAAAAAGUCCCAGGGGUUUUGGAUUUGUUUUGUUUUCUGAACCUUCUUCAGCUGACAAAGCACUUCAAGACACGCAUGUUAUUCUUGGAAGAACGGUUGAAGUGAAAAAGGCAAUACCCAGAAGUGAACAACACCAAAACCAACCCCAACAUCAUAACCCCAGCCAAGAACGGAUGAGCCAAAAUUGUAGUAAUGAUGACAGCAGAAAACAGUUUAGGACUAAAAAGAUUUUCGUAGGGGGUUUGUCAUCUAGUCUAACUGAAGAUGAGUUUAGGAGCUAUUUCUCAAGGUUUGGUAGGAUAACAGAUGUUGUUGUGAUGCAUGACAGCAUGACCAAUCGGCCUAGGGGAUUUGGGUUUGUUACUUUUGACUCAGAGGAAUCUGUUGAAAAUGUUAUGCAGAAAACUUUCCAUGAGUUGAGUAGUAGGCUUGUUGAAGUCAAACGUGCUGUGCCAAAAGAUGGAAGUAAUGGCAGUAACAAUAAUUAUAAUUUAAAAGGUGGUGUUGGAAGGAGGCCUUCUUAUAGUGGACCUCAGCCUUUUGAGUAUCCUCCAAGUGGUCCUGGAUAUGAAGUGUUUCCUGGUUACACUACUUUUCCAGGGUAUAAUGGCAUUGGAGCUUAUCCUUGUACAGUAGGUUUCUAUGGUGGUGGGUACCCUGCAGUAGGGUAUGGUAGGAUUGGUUAUGGCAUGAGUCCCAUGGCCCCUAGGGGCCCUUUGUAUCCCCCAAUGAUCCUUGGAGGCAGGGUUUGCCCUGUGCUGCCUUAUGGUGGGGCUGGUGCUUCUGGUUAUGCUGCUUAUAUGAAUGGUGGGAUUGGAAUGAUGGGUACAGUGCCUGGUGGGAACUGGAUUAUGAGUCCUGGAGUUGACGAAAAAUUGGAUCAGGUUCUUGGUGGCACUGAAGAUCACGCAGCUAAUGGCUCAUCACCUCAGAUUGAAGGGAUAAAAUCAGAUAAUCCUUCAGGUGUGAAGAAAUACAGUGGUGGUGCUUCUAGCAAGCAAAGUCAGAGAACUCCUGAUGGGAAACUGAAGCCUUUACCUGUAGGUGAUUCUAGAUAACUACUUUGUGCAUUUCAGGGCAGUGAGGAGUUAGUAAAUUCUUUCACAGCAUGGAUCAUGACUUCUAACCAUCAGUGUUUAAAUGUCCUUAAUUUUUUAGAUGUUAUCCUGUGUCAUAACCAUGUUGCAUGCUUUGUGUCAUCUGUAGUUUUAAUAAUUUGUCAGCACAACAUUGAGCAUUCUGUAAUAUAACUGCAUUUCAAUUAUGUUCGUCACUCUUCCUACUUCUGUUAGGGUUGAGAUGCAGUAGCUCAUGCACUGGAGGCUGAGUUCGUAUUUUCCUGGUUUUGGUUUUAUUUGGAAUUGAUUCUCCCCAACCUGGCAACCUCUCAUCCAUCUUAUCCCCUUUGCCAUUGGCACGCAUGUGCAUGCAUAAAAAUUGAUUUUGAAUGAUUUAGAUAGUUCUACAAGUUCCAAUUAUAAAUGCAUCCAAGAGCACAAUUGAGCAGCCAUGCACCACCACAUCAAUUGCAAGGUGGCAAAUGAUGCUCAGUGCACAAGUUCCAAUUGCAUUUACAAUGCAGGUGCUAUCUACAAAAAAACAAUCCAACUAUAUUAUGAGAUUCCCCUGGUAAGGGAAAGGUUUUAUUUAAAGUUUAGAGCACUUGAAAUGAUUCUAUUUAUAGUGUUUUAGCUAUUCUAUGCAUUGAUGAAUCUGUUUUUUAUACAUGAAUAGAUUUUUUUUUUUUUU